CUUUUCGACAAACCCAACCCCGAGACACCAUCAAGCUGGCUUCGAUACCAACUCCAGAUUUCUCAGAGUUCGACUCGUUCGUGACGCUAAACCCUGAGUCCACUAUGGAUGAAUCAAAGAUGGAUGGCCUGCAACCACAGGCGGUUUCCACAGAACUCGAUGGCGAUUCGGCCAUGAUCUCUCGACCCAGCUCAGUAUCGACGCAGGCCUCGGCACCCCAGAACCUUACGCAUUCUCUACCCGCCACCCCGGCGCUUGCCGCCAGCAACCCGAUAGCGGACUCUUCACAACCAAGACCUGUUUCGAUUGCGCCCGCCGUGUAUCCGGCAACCUCUAACGCCAGCACUCAUCCUGCUCCCGGUGGAAGUCCUGUAAGUUUCAAAGUUGCACUCCCCAUCAAUUUUCACUUGUUUUCCCUGGCUUGCAACACCAUCCACGCCUUACAAUGCCUCUACAACUGCCUUUCACGGCCAUGUCCUGACCAAGUUGCUCAUUGGCUCUCAAAACAUCGAGCUGCAUUCGAGCAGGUGGGGCACUCGCCAAGCCCAGUGACCCACACUAAGCCGUUUACGUUUAUCUGUCGAUCCCCACUUCCUGGGCUUUGAAGCCGACUCGGUCAAAAAAUUUCCUUAUCACCCGAACUCCCAGGCUUAUCAUCGCGGUCCCGGGCCACCACUUUAUCUGUUCCCCAUCCCC